CAGGUCCACGCCGAUGCGUCCAACUUUGCCGAGGGCGUCACCAAGGAUGAUGCCUAUGAGCAGGUGCUGCUGCAGGCCGAAGGGCUGUUUUACGGUCAGCGCAACUGGGCGGCUAGCAACCUCUCCAACGCGGCUUCGCUGCUGUGGCAUGCCUACAAGUCCCUUCCCGCCCCGAGCAACCAAGUGAACUGGGCAGCCAAGGAUCAGCUCAUUCUGGGACCGUUCCAAGGCAAAGUUGCCUGCCAGACGAUCCCGUUUGGCCGAGGCGUGUGCGGUGCUGCUGCGGCCACCAAGACUACGCAACUCGUUGACGACGUCGAAAAGUUCCCCGGCCACAUUGCGUGCGACAGCGAGAGCAAGAGCGAGAUCGUGGUGCCCAUUGUAUCGGGCGACAAGCUCGUCGCAAUCAUCGACGUCGACUGCGCCGAGCUGAACGGAUUCGAUGAGACGGAUAAGAAGCACCUCGAGCACCUCGCCGACCUGUUGGCAAAGGGCUGUGACUGGUGA